GGAAAACAGCUCGCGGCUCCCACUUUGCGUACCCUCUAAAUUUCAUUUGAAAUCGUUGUAGAGUGAGACUCCUGAGACACGAUAGCGCAUGGCGACGAUAGCUCGGCUGCAGCUCCUCCAGCCUUCCCCAAUCCUUAAAGCUUCUCUACUCUUACGCAAACGCCCUUCUCCUCCCUCUUCCUCAUCUGUUCUCCGUCGGACCGGCGCCCGUAAAUUCUCAAUCGGCCCAUCCCUCUGCUCCAAUUCAGACCAAACUCUCCAGGGUUCUGCAACUCCUGGCUCGGGUGCGUCUAUUGUUGGGGAUCUUUUGGACUAUCUAAACGAAUCUUGGACUCAAUUUCACGCCACAGCCGAAGCAAAGCGAGAAUUAAUUGCUGCUGGUUUUCAUCUGCUAAAUGAGAAUGAUGAGUGGGACCUCAAACCUGGUGGGCGGUACUUCUUUACACGGAAUAUGUCUUGUUUGGUUGCUUUUGCUAUUGGAGAAAAGUAUAAUGUUGGAAAUGGUUUUCAUGUGAUUGCUGCACACACUGACAGCCCCUGUCUGAAACUAAAACCAAAGUCUGCAUCAUCCAAGUCUGGCUAUCUUAUGGUCAAUGUGCAAACGUACGGGGGUGGCUUAUGGCAUACUUGGUUCGAUAGAGACUUGAGUGUUGCAGGAAGGGUCAUUGUGAGAGGCACUGAUGGUGCCUUUUUGCAGAAGCUUGUGAAAGUUAAAAGACCUCUAUUACGAGUGCCAACUCUGGCUAUUCAUCUUGACCGCACAGUGAACAAAGAUGGGUUUAGACCAAAUCUGGAGACUCACCUCAUUCCUUUACUUGCAACAAAAAUUGAGGAAACUUCAACGGAAUCCAAGGAGAAAAGUGCUAAAUUGUCUUCAAAAGCUGCUCAUCAUCCUUUGCUUAUGCAGGUUUUGUCAGAUGAGCUGAGUUGUGGUAUUGAUGACAUAUUGAGUAUUGAGUUGAACAUUUGUGACACUCAACCUAGUUGCCUUGGAGGUGGAAACAAUGAAUUUAUAUUUUCUGGAAGAUUAGAUAAUCUUGCUUCGAGUUAUUGCGCAUUGAGAGCUCUUAUUGAUUCAUGUGAAUCACAUGGAGAUUUAUCAAGUGAAGAUGCUAUUCGGAUGGUUGCUCUAUUUGAUAAUGAAGAGGUGGGUUCAAAUUCACCUCAGGGAGCAGGUGCACCUACCAUGUUUCAGGCUAUGAAACGCAUAGCUGGUUGCCUAUCUCAUGAGUAUGUUGGUGAGGGUGCUUUUCAGCGUGCAAUUUGCCGAUCUUUUCUUGUAUCUGCAGACAUGGCUCAUGGAGUUCACCCUAAUUUUAUGGAUAAGCAUGAAGAACAUCAUCGUCCAGAAUUGCAGAAGGGACUAGUUAUCAAGCACAAUGCAAACCAACGCUACGCCACCAGCUGUGUUACAGCUUUUCUUUUCAAAGAAGUCGCAAAAGUUCAUGAUCUCCCAAUUCAGGAAUUCGUGGUGAGAAAUGAUAUGGGAUGUGGAUCAACCAUAGGUCCCAUACUCGCUUCAGGGGUUGGUAUCCGUACUGUUGAUUGUGGCAUUGCUCAGCUUUCCAUGCACAGUGUAAGAGAAAUAUGCGGGAAGGAAGAUGUGGACAUUGCUUACAAGCAUUUUAAGGCAUUCUACCAAACAUUCUCAAGCAUAGACAGAAGGCUAAAUGUAGAUUAAUGAGGCUCAACUUAAACCCAUUCAUGAUUAUCUUUUUGUCUAGAGAGAGAGAGAGAGAGAGAGAGAUGUUUAUAUAAUUAAUAAGUUCCUUUUGCUUUGAAAGUUGGGAUUUCUGAAAGAUAAGUACUAGUGGGUAACAAGUGCGGUGGUGAAAGAACAUACGCUGGUAAAUUUUAUCUGUAUACCAGAGAGGCAAUAGGCAGAAGGGCUCAUUGAGAUAACCAUAUCGAUAUAAUCAGGGUUUGCUGGGAUUGGAGGUUGAAGAGGAGCCACCAUCGGGGUCAGCUUUAGGGUUUGGGUUGGACGCUGAUCUUUUCAUGCGUCUCUGCUGCAGCUCAGAGUACAGUUCCUCAUUCUCCUUCUGGAGUUGCUCAGCUAUCUUCCUCAGCCUCUCGUUCUCUUGCAUUAUUUUGCAGUUUUUGUAGUACAGGUGUGUGUUUUCCUUAUCCAUACUUUGUACCUCUGUUGCCCCUGCAAUCAAACUUGACACAGACCGCAUCAGAACUUCAUAUCAUUUCAUCUUCAUUGCUAUGAAGGAACUUAUUAAAUAAUAAAUAUGGGAAGUAUUCCCAGCUGAAAAAAAAAUAAUUUUUUGAA